UUUCUCCGCCCGCGGCCGAGACGGAAAAGCUGGGGCUCGAAAGGAAUUGUGGGUGGUCUCCUGAGGUGCAUUGUGGGGAGAUUCGUGUAGCGUUGUGUUGUUAUCGGAUCAUCAGUCGUCGUUGUGGUUGAAACACCGCGGACGAAAUGCCAGAACGAGAUAGCGAACCAUUCUCCAAUCCCUUGGCUCCAGAUGGCCACGAUGUGGACGAUCCUCACUCCUUCCACCAAUCAAAACUCACUAAUGAAGACUUCAGGAAACUUCUCAUGACCCCAAGGGCUGCACCUACCUCUGCACCACCCUCUAAGUCACGUCACCAUGAGAUGCCAAGGGAGUACAAUGAGGAUGAAGAUCCAGCUGCACGAAGGAGAAAAAAGAAAAGUUACUAUGCCAAGCUUCGCCAACAAGAAAUUGAGAGAGAGAGAGAACUAGCAGAGAAGUACCGGGACCGUGCCAAAGAACGGCGGGAUGGCGUGAACAAAGAUUAUGAAGAAACGGAACUGAUCAGCACCACGGCUAACUACAGGGCUGUGGGCCCCACUGCUGAGGCGGACAAAUCAGCUGCAGAGAAAAGAAGACAGUUGAUCCAGGAGUCUAAAUUCUUGGGUGGUGACAUGGAACACACCCAUUUGGUGAAAGGCUUGGAUUUUGCUCUGCUUCAAAAGGUACGAGCUGAAAUUGCCAGCAAAGAGAAAGAGGAGGAAGAAAUGAUGGAAAAGCCCCAGAAGGAAACUAAGAAAGAUGAGGAUCCUGAAAAUAAAAUUGAAUUUAAAACACGUUUGGGCCGAAAUGUUUACCGCAUGCUCUUCAAGAGCAAAGCAUAUGAGCGGAAUGAGCUGUUUCUUCCAGGCCGCAUGGCCUAUGUGGUAGACCUAGAUGAUGAGUACGCUGACACAGACAUCCCCACUACUCUUAUCCGCAGCAAAGCUGAUUGCCCCACCAUGGAGGCCCAGACCACACUGACUACAAAUGACAUUGUCAUCAGCAAGCUCACCCAGAUCCUUUCCUACCUGAGGCAGGGUACCCGCAACAAGAAGCUCAAAAAGAAAGAUAAAGGGAAAAUGGAAGAGAAGAAACCCCCGGAAGCUGACAUGAAUAUAUUUGAAGAUAUUGGGGAUUAUGUGCCCUCCACAACCAAGACUCCUCGAGACAAGGAGCGGGAGAGAUACCGGGAACGGGAGCGUGAUCGGGAGAGAGACAGAGACCGUGACAGAGAGCGGGAGCGAGAACGAGACCGAGAGCGGGAGCGGGACCGAGAACGAGAAGAAGAGAAGAAGAGGCACAGCUACUUUGAGAAGCCAAAAGUGGACGAUGAGCCCAUGGAUGUUGACAAAGGACCCGGAUCUGCCAAGGAGUUGAUCAAGUCUAUCAAUGAAAAGUUUGCUGGAUCUGCUGGCUGGGAAGGCACGGAAUCGCUGAAGAAGCCAGAGGACAAGAAGCAGCUGGGAGAUUUCUUUGGCAUGUCCAAUAGCUAUGCUGAGUGCUAUCCAGCCACGAUGGAUGACAUGGCUGUGGACAGUGAUGAGGAGGUGGAUUAUAGCAAAAUGGACCAGGGUAACAAGAAAGGUCCUUUAGGCCGUUGGGACUUUGACACCCAGGAGGAAUAUAGCGAGUAUAUGAACAACAAGGAGGCUUUGCCCAAAGCUGCAUUCCAAUAUGGCAUCAAGAUGUCUGAAGGGCGGAAAACCAGGCGCUUCAAGGAAACCAAUGACAAAGCAGAGCUUGAUCGCCAGUGGAAAAAGAUUAGUGCGAUCAUUGAGAAGAGGAAGAAGAUGGAAGCUGAUGGAGUUGAAGUGAAAAGACCGAAAUACUAAAAUCUCUGGUUCCAAAUCCAAGAAUAAUCUCCACAAGGAUUUACUCCCCACUGCUUGCUUUAUACAAUUCCAAAAAAAAGUUGAAAGAUUUUUUUGUGUGUGAAUGUAUAUAAAUUUCAUUGUAUAAUGUUUUGAUCCCAUUAAAGUUGGUUAACCUGC